AGAAUCACUCCUCUCUCUCUCAACCUACACCCACCCUGGCCCACAUUCUCAGUACACCGCCGGCGCAAAUUAGCCACCGCAUUCCGCUUCCCUUCUACUCCUCCAUGGCCGCAAACACCGCCUCCGUCCAACCGGGUCGGUUUCGGGUCCUAAAGCAAGGGCCUAAACGGGUCGACCCGAAUCCGGGUCCCGUGGUUUAUUGGAUGUUCAGAGACCAACGGGUCAAAGACAACUGGGCGUUGAUCCACGCCGUUGAAGAGGCCAACAAGGCCCAUGUCCCGGUCGCCGUGGCCUUCAAUUUGUUCGAUCAAUUUCUUGGCGCCAAAGCCCGCCAUUUAGGGUUUAUGCUGAGAGGCUUGCGACAAUUGCAUCCUGAUCUUGAAGAAUCGCAUCAGAUUCCAUUUUUUCUUGUCCGGGGAGAAGCGGAGGAGACUAUACCCACUUUUGUGAGGGAAUGUGGGGCUUCACUAUUAGUAACAGAUUUUUCACCUUUAAGGGAGGUUCAGAAAUGUAAAGAGGAAAUAUGCAAGAGAGUUAGUGAUUUUGUGACCGUACAUGAAGUUGAUGCCCACAAUGUGGUGCCUGUUUGGGUGGCAUCGGAGAAGUUGGAGUAUAGUGCUAGGACUAUAAGGAGUAAGAUAAAUAAAAGGCUGCCCGAGUACCUUAUUGAAUUUCCUAUGUUGCAGCCACCGAUUGCAAAAUGGGUGGGCACAAGUCCCGCGAUUGAUUGGGAUGGUCUUAUUGAUGAAGUUUUAAGGAAAGGAGAAGAAGUUCCUGAAGUUGACUGGUGCGAACCAGGAGAAAAGGCAGCAAUAGAAGUUUUGAUGGGUAGGAAAAAUGGAUUCUUGACAAAAAGGCUGAAGGGUUAUUCAUCGGACCGGAAUAACCCUUUGAAACCAAGAGGGGUGUCUGGUCUUUCUCCAUAUUUGCAUUUUGGGCAAAUAUCUGCUCAGAGGUGUGCCUUGGAGGCACGCAGUGUCCGAAAACUCAGUCCCCUGGCAGUGGAUGCAUUUUUAGAGGAGUUGAUUGUGCGCAGAGAACUUGCUGACAACUACUGCUUUUACCAGCCUCAAUAUGAUUCAUUGCAAGGGGCAUGGGAAUGGGCACGUAAGACCUUAAUGGACCAUGCUUCGGAUAAGCGAGAACAUAUUUACACGAGGGAGCUAUUGGAGAAGGCACAAACUGCUGAUCCUCUCUGGAAUGCCUCCCAAUGUGAGAUGGUUCAUUACGGGAAGAUGCAUGGUUUUAUGCGGAUGUAUUGGGCAAAAAAGAUCCUUGAGUGGACAAGAGGACCCGAAGAAGCCCUUGAAAUAUCCAUAUAUUUAAAUAACAAGUAUGAAAUAGAUGGAAGGGAUCCCAAUGGAUAUGUUGGUUGCAUGUGGUCAAUAUGUGGUGUUCACGACCAGGGUUGGAAGGAACGACCAAUUUUUGGGAAAAUACGUUACAUGAACUAUGCAGGCUGCAAAAGGAAAUUUGACGUGGAUGGAUACAUUGCCUAUGUGCAGAGGCUUGGUGCAACCAAGAAGAGAAAAGCGGAAACUCUUACUCAGUGAAUACGUCAAGGAACUCUGCAGUUGGUACUUGGGGAUCUUCAAGUGAAUAUAGUAUGCAGAAUCAUUGAUUAUUGCACUGAAUUCCUCUGAAGAUAAAGAUUUGGAGGUCUUUCUGACACAUGAUGUAGUGUGUCACCGGCAACUAUCUGAGUCGAGCCCCGUUCUAUUCCGAUUUAAAUUCUCAAGUCAGAAGACAUAGAUGUCAUGUUCUUUCCCCUAACUUGCAACCUUGUGGCUGCUCAUGAAGUCCUAGAUCUGUAAUUUUUCUUUGAUUCUCUGAAAUGAUAAUAGGAGUCAAGUUCUCAAGUGGCAGAGCAAGUAGGAAAUCAAAUUAAAAUUGAUUUCAAUCUCUAUCUCCAAUGUCAGAGACUCACAUAGAAUCCAUAGAUGAUGUGGAUCGAGGAUGUUUGAUUGUAUAUGAAUUCUUCGUUUUCGUGGAGAUGAUGAAAAUAAAUUGUAUGGAAGAUUUCUUUAACCAAAUCUAAAAUUACCACAUCAGAGUUGAAUCAAACACAAGCAAUGGUGGCUGGAACAUCUGCAUUUUAUGUCAUAAAGCAUUAAGGCGUCGAACCUGACGACGUUUAAGACUGAGAAAUAUCUGGGCUAUAGCUUCCGGCGACGAUGCAGCGACAUUUGAAGAUAAUGUGGGCAAUAUGGAAUCUUAUUCUCUAUAAGCCUAUAUACUAAAGCUGUUCAUUACUGUUCACAAAGUGGGGUGACGCUUUUGCCGUUUCUACUUUCCUCAAUUACAGUUUGCCAUUCUUCUAUAACCUUCUGAUCUACACAUUCCUUGAGAACAGAGAGAGAGAGUGAUCUGGGUAGAAGAAGAAGAAGGGAUUUCGAAUCGCAAACAAAUCUUCUGCAUAACUCCUUCCAUAAAUCGCUUCCGGGGUUGAAGAUGGAACAGUUCCAUUGCAUGAUGUUGAAGUGAGUAGCGGUAAUUUUUUAGUUUGCAGAGAAUCCAUUGAAAAUAGCCGACGAAGCCAACAGAGAUGGAAUUGGUAGGCUAUCUUUGGUUGCUGCAUAUGCAACUCAAUCAUCUGCAACUGUGGUUCAGGCAGGCACAAAAGAGCUCACCUUUAAGGCUGUUAAUGGGUGGCUAUGGAUUGUAUCUUGGAUACUGAAAAUGAUAUUCCGAUUAUGUGGAGGAGAAGGCCAAGGUGAAAGACUUGCACCCCGAGCUUCUAGCUGGGAUGUUUUUUUUUUGCUGGAGCAACUGUUGGAGUAACAGUUCUUCUGACUUCUCACAAACCCAAUCUAGGAAGCAGCUUCAUGUCAAUGAUUUCUAUCAAUCUCUAUUGCUCCACUGUGGUAGACGAAGUAACUACAGACAGCGGGGAGGUAUCAACUUGGGAGUAGAUUGAUUAUAGUUUUUACUACUGCAGCAGACUGAUUAUGCAUGGUUAUCAAGAUGGGUGGAGAAAUCAGGGUUGUAAAGAAGGAUGGUCAGGAACUUCAAUGCAAUUGUACUUGGUUCUGGAUACAGCUGCAGAUGGCACUAAACAAUAUUGUCAAGAAGAUUUUGCAAAGCAGUGUAGUGGUGCUGCUUGCACUACAUGGCAACAUGGGUAGAUUGAUUAUGCCCCAGUGGUUACGUAAAAAUGUUCUCAUUGGCAGCGUCUGAGUUGAAUAAGCUGACGUAAGUUCUUAGGGAACUCUUUAAAGGCAGAAAUUCAGCUUGAAUUGCGCAAAAGUUCAGCUAAUGGACGAAGUUUUUUGGAGUCAUCUAAAAUUGCUCUUGAUGGUGGAGGCAAAAAUGGAGAGCCCAAACAGAUCAUUGGUUGUAUGACAGAGCGUGUUGUGGAAACUGGAUCAUUUGGAAUUGUUUUUCAGGUUCGUUGGGUGAUUGUCUUCCCAGCUAUUAUGCUAGUGCGAUUUUGUUUUUGAUAUACAGUGGUGACUGAUGAUCCUUUUCUCUUGGGCAAAAUGCUUGGAAACUGGUGAGACUAUGGCUAUAAAGAAGGUUUUGCAAGACAGAAGAGAAAAGAACAAGGAACGUCAAUUGAUGCGUGUGAUUGAUAUGUUAACACACCCACUUCAGAACUCUCUAAUGCUAUGAAUCAUCAAACAUGAAAGAUUAACAUGCUCCUAGAUUUUACUAAGAUGUAUCAUAUGCUUACAAAGCUGGAAGUCUCAUAAUAAGUUGAUGA